ACCGUCUCCUGGCAGAUAGUGACCAUGGAGCUCCCAGAGGUUAUGGAUCCUGGACGGGAAAGGACAACGCAGGAGAGCCGGUCUGCUCGGUCGUUUGUGAUUCGAGCAGCGAACAAACAGAGCCUGCCCCUGCGCCGGCGUAAGCGACGCUGGCUGGCUUUGCCCCCUCCAUCCCCUCAGCGGAGCUUGGCGUAACCUUGCAGUAACAGCGAUGGGGACCACAGAACUGUGAUUGGUCGGCUUUUGUUCGUACAUCAUUUGCAUUUUUUUAUCUCAUUGAGAUGCAAGCGGCAAAGAGUCUGCCAUAAAAGAAACGGAGCAAGUUGUGGAGCAAGUUAUUGUCGUCAGAAGGGCCCACGUCAUGAUGGUCGCGGGGGCAUGCUGGAGCCUAUCCCAGCUGACUUCGGGCGAUAGGCGGGGCACACCCUGGACUGGUCGCCAGCCAAUUGCAGGGCACAUAUAGACAAACAACCAUUCACACACACAUUCAUACCUAUGGACAAUUUAGAGUCGCCUAUUCACCUAACAUGCAUGUUUUUGGAAUGUGGGAGGAAACCGGAGUACCCGGAGAAAAAACUCAACUGGUGGCACUGCAGGUUCAUGGUGCAGGGGAUCAGGGUUCAAAUCCCGGUCAGGGACGCUCAACAAGUGAUGGGGGCUGCAUGGUGGUCUAGUGGUUAGCAUGUUGGCCAACACAAUAACAGUCUGGAGAUCGGGAAGAACAUUUUUUGGGCAUUUCUGUGUGGAGUUUGCAUGUUCUCCCCGUGUGUGCUUAUUAUUAUUUUAUAUUUUCAGAAAAUACAAAGUUCCGUAUAUUUAUCUUAUAUUGUGUUUAUUUUUCUUUAUCUUAUUCUAUUUUUAUUUUGCAUGCCCUUAGUUUUAUAAUUUUUUAAAUUGAUGUUAUUACUAGUCAGUUUUAUGUUGCAUCUCUGCACCACAUAAAAUUCCUAUUUCGUGAAACCUUUCACUGACAAUGGCAAUAAAAACUUCAGAGUCUGAUGAUUAUUGGUUGAAGUGUAGUUCAACCAAUAGUUUCGGCUUUUAGUCCUGUUCCCAAUCUCUACAGAACAAUGGCGGCACAUAUUUCACCGGGAAGGUGGGAACACUUGGCCUUUAACCACGAAAGAGGCUUUUCAAGCUCUGGCUACUCCUUGGUACUGUCGCUAGCCAUGACUCGCGCUAGUCAAAGGUUGGGCUGUAUUUAUUUACAGAGUAGACGCUUAACCCAAGGUGCAUUUUGUGUCCCUCACGUAACGUGUUUGGUAUCGGAAAUUGGGUCGUCUCUGCACCAAACUGAAUAUUCAGUCCUGAAAAACCCCAUUAUGAAUAAAUUUACCUUUUGUCGGUGACUUGGUGUUCCGGCUGUACCCUGCCUCUUGCUUUAAGCAAGCUGGGAAGAGACUCCUUCUUAUCCCAGCGCCCUGACACUAGGUUGGAACAGGACUUCUUGAUGUUUCUGUAGACAUAAGCAACCAGUCAGGCUGGUUUGGCAGACAUCUGCAAGACAUUUGCUGUUUGUCUUAGGAAGACGGCAUGUUGCCUGGUUUCUAUUGGUCAGAAGAACUUGUGCAUGUAGACCAGUUGAUUCAUGACGCUUAAAACCGCAAUGCCUCCAACUCAGGAAUACAUGAAGAUCUGUUAGCAUUUACACAAAUAGAAAUGGUCUUGGUACUCUCACUUGUCUCUCUUCCUACAGAUGAAGAGCUCUACAUCCAACAGGCUGCUGUUCUCAUUGAAGAUGCCAUACAGUAUCGCUCCAUAAACCACAAAGUUGAUGCCAGCUCCCUGCGCCUGUAUCGAUGUUACUACUCCAGGUUAUUCCAGGGGGGCUUUGGCCUGACCAUUGCGGUGGUGCUGUUGCUGGCGUUUGUGGAGCGCCCGUCCUCCCUUUCUGUUACCUCUGACUCACGGUACCGCUCUCCAUCCUGGGAGCCUCCUUGUGGCUUCACUGAGAGCAUUGAGAUAGUCUGUCUCAUCAUCUUCACUCUUGAUCUUGCUGUGAAGAGCUACCUAAUUGGCUGGGAUGAAUUCAGGAAAAACAAAUGGCUGAUUAGCUAUACUGUUGUAAUUACCGUCUCCAUCAUUGAUUGGGUCUUGUCUCUCAGCAUGCUGUGUGAUGAGAAACUGAGAGUACGACGACUUAUUCGACCAUUCUUCCUCUUGCAAAACUCCUCCCUGAUGAAAAAGACACUCAAGUGCAUCAAGAGAACUCUGCCAGAGAUUGCCAGUGUCAUUUUGCUGCUGGCGCUUCAUCUUUGUCUGUUCACCAUGAUCGGCAUGCUGUUGUUUCCCAAAACUGAGGAUCCAUUGAAAAAUGAAGAGUGGAAGGUGUAUUUUCGAAACCUGUCUACUUCACUCACGUCACUGCUGGUGCUGCUCACUACUGCAAACAAUCCAGAUGUGAUGAUCCCUGCCUACUCCCUAAACAGAGGGUACGCCAUUUUCUUUGUCACCUUCAGUGUCAUUGGAACUUACUGCCUGAUGAACUUACUCACAGCCAUCAUCUACAACCAGUUCAGGGGAUAUUUGCUGAUGUCAGUCCAAACAUCCGUCAUCAGAAGACAACUGGGAAUCCGAGCUGCCUUCCAGGUCCUCAUUUGUCAUGAAGAUGAGAACGCUGCUGAGGAACGUGUUCCUGUUGAUGCGGUGCUGCAAGUGAUGUCCAGAGUCCACAUGAAGAGCUACUACAGGGCAGCCAUCACUGCGGAGGCACGUCAGUAUGAAGCUGAAGGCUUCAUGGAUCGAGAGCAGUUCAGAAAGAUAUUUGACGAACUGGAUAAAGACCGCAUCAAGGAGCACCCGCCCUUACCGCAGUAUAACAAUGCAUCACUGCAGAAGAUGCAGGUGAUCUUCAGCCACUACUAUUUCACCAUACUUGGCAAUGCAGUGGCUCUGGCCAAUGUGGUGUGCAUAUGUACGGUGUUGGUGCUGAAUUCAGAAAAGUCCACCGCAGAGAGAGACAACCACUUCAUGGAGAUUAUCAACCUGUGUUUUAUCAUCUACUACCUGUUUGAAAUGGCUGUGAAAAUAUUUGCCUUUGGCUGGAAAGGAUACCUGUCCUACAGGAACAACAUCUUUGAUGGCUUCUUGACCAUCUUGCUACUGGGCCUGCAAAUCACAAUUUAUGCCACAUACCGCCUUCCUCGUUCAAAUGGGAACCUGUCCUCUAAGGGUAUGUUUUCGUUGUGGGAGAUGGUUCGUUUUGUUAACAUGCUGAUUGUCUUCCGCUUCCUGCGCAUCAUUCCCGAUAUCAAGCUGAUGGCGUUAGUUGCAAGUACCUUGCUGGACCUGGUGAAAAACUUGAGAGCCUUUGCAGGGAUACUGGUGGUGGUUUAUUAUGUGUUUGCUGUAUUUGGCAUCUGGCUGUUUGAGGGAGUCAUUAAACCGCCAGCACACAUGAGUGUGCUUUCUAACACCACCAUGGAAAACAUCACCUCAAACUUCAGCAAUGAAUGUGGGACCUAUGAACAGCUCGGCUACUGGCCCAAUAACUUUGAUGACUUUGCUGCUUCCAUCAUUUUGCUGUAUAAUAUCAUGAUCAUCAACAACUGGCAGGCCUUCAUGGAUGCAUACACCAGAUAUACCAGCGAGUGGUCCAAAAUCUACUUUGUGUGUUGGUGGCUCACGUCCUCGGUCAUGUGGGUCAACUUGUUUGUGGCGCUCAUCCUAGAGAACUUCACGUAUAAGUGGGAUCGCAGUCACAGCUGCUCUGUUACAGAUGUGGAACGAAUCCGAUAUGAGACCUCUGUUCAACUCAUAUUCAAAGAGCAGAUCAAGGAGCCAACAGAAGAAGAGUUGCUUUGUCAGCUUAAACAGCACCCCCACCUACAUCUACACUGGGAGCACACGUGACAGCUGUUCUAUACUUGAUUGGGUUUAUUGGGAGGAAAUAUGAUGCGUUCACUGCCAUAACUGCGGGGUUUUUAACGCUGGUCACAGUUUUUAGACAUUUUUCACAUUUCAUGUACUUCUAUCAGCUCUUGACAAACGUAUCAUGGUGCCAGGCAUUAUUAUGGUGGAUUAAGACCUUCAGAAUGGACUUGCUAGUGCCGCCCUGAGGUUAAGUUAUGGUUGCAUCUGACACCAAUAUGACAGAGUGACUCUAAAUGUAGUCGUUAUUUCAUCAUGUUUAUUUUUUUUUAGCUGCAGUUUUAAAAAUAUUAUUUGCCUUCAGCAUGUUCUACACUGAUUGUGGCAAUCUCAGGCAAAAAGGUGUAUCGUGGGGGGUAGUCCGCCACUGCAGCUCAUUACAGUGUCUCAUACGGAGACGCGGGCCACAAUCAAGAUUGACUGCGAUCAGUGUGCCAGAUCACCUUGUGCCAGCAGUGCAUUGUUUGGUGAAUGGUGGUGUUCUGACAUGGCGAGAAGUUGCUGUGGAACUCGCUCAGUCCAGUUUGUCGGCAGCCAGUCUAUGUGGACUACCUCAUCAAGCCCUGGUCCAUCAUCAUCUUGGUCUUGCUAAAAAGUGCCCGCUUACGUCGGCAUCCACAGACAUGGUCAAUCGCCUUUGUCCACAUAAAAUAUGAGACCCAAAGGUGUCGUUCCUUUGAAAAAUGGGUCCGAGUGGCGGCCACAGAAACGAGUUCCACUGUAGUAUUUGUAUUGUCCUUUUAGGUAUUUUUCUUUUGCAUUGCUGUAAUAUUUGUUGUGCUGACAGUCAAUCAGGUUUUAAGAAACAUUUAUAAAAUUAAAGGGAGAACGAUUUUAAUACUGUUUUUAAGUUUGUACAAUAAAACUCAAGUGGUGUGACA